GCGCACGGGUGUCUAACAAAACAAGAUGGCGUCACCCAUGAGCUCUAAAGCGAACGUCUUAUCGGAUGAGUCGUUCAUAUGAGACUAAAGAAGGUGUUCGUUGUCGUUGCAAAUGAUCGAGGUCUAAUUGUGACUUUGGUAUUCGUGUACAAAGCAAUAUCCAAGUUAAUUGUUUUUUGGCAAAUACGCGUAGGACACGAUGGAUGUCGAUCUUCACAUGGUCGAAACAGCAAUAGAAAAGCUGUUUGAUCCGCUAGCGGGUCAGGCCGCAUCACAGGAAGCCAAUCGAUUCUUGUGUGAACUGCAAGAGUGUCCCCAAGCAUGGACACUGAGCUGGCAACUACUUGCGCUUAACAAGGACCUCAAAUGCCAAAUGGUGGGCGCCGCUAUGGUAACGUCACAAAUCUGCAAAGGUCUACGGCAGCUUCAACCGAUCCAAUUAAGUGCCCUUCGGGAGCAACUGGUAGGCACAAUUGUCGCUCACGCCAGCGGGCCACUGCCGUCGAAUCAACAGGUUGCUGUCAGGCUAACUCUAGCGUUGGCUGCAAUGGCUGCUCGAACACUGCUGUUCUUCUGGCAAAGCGCGGUCACAGACAUGAUUGAAAACUUUCGGGACAGUCAACCGAUUCUGCUAUUCGAAUUCCUCGCUCGACUUCCUGAGGAGGCGGCACAAUUGGAAAAGCCGGACAAUCAUGCAAACACACUACGCGUUUCAGCGACCUCCGUUUUGUCCCUAUGUCAAUCGGCGUUGGCAUCCCCGAUUGCAAACCUUCGCAUAACAGCAAUGCGCACGGUUACUCAAUGGGUGCCGCUAGCACCUGCGGAAGAGUUGCCAGCCAAUCUCUGCAUCACUCUCCUUGAUCACUUAACAGAUGAUCACGAACAUGCUUGCGAUGCCAUCCUGAGUUUUCUGCAGCAUCCUGACGGACCGCAUUAUCCGAAACUGAUGGGCGACCUUUUGGAACAAGUGGCGGUUAAGUGCGGGCCCAUUGUCGAGACAAAACGUGCGUGCGGUGAUCAGGAUGCGCUCUUCUCCAUAUACUCUCUACUAACUGGCAUGGGCGAGAUGCACACGAAUCUAAUCCUGGCUAGCUUGUUACCGGACAGCUCAAACAGACCAGGGACUGAGAUGUUACUCAAAAUGCUACUGGAUUGCGUUGGCACGCCCGGCCAGUAUCCAUCGGAGGAGAUUAUCUCACGUAUUCCAAUUACGUUCUGGCAUAUCCUACUCGAUGAGCUCGCCCGUGUUGAGCCUAGCACACAAAUGGCAAAGCUCACACUGCAGUUACAGCCGGUAUACGAACAGCUCGUGAAACUAAUGCUUCGGAAAAGUCAACUGCCUGACCCGGGAACGAUGGACUUGGAUGAAAAAGAAGAUCUUCGUUGCUACAGACAAGAUAUCGCUGACUGCUAUAUGUACAUUGCUACGAUGCUGCCAGCGCCAGUGUUCUACUUCUUUAUAUCCGCGCUGGAUACAGCUGUCGCGGAAUAUUCUGAAACCAAAAACGCAAAGGUCAUCGAAGCCUGUCUCUUUGCGCUCAAUGCGAUAGGUGAUAUGGCGGAUUCUGAAGAUGACUCGCCUGUCGUUGGUGCAGUCUUGGCGUUGCUUCCUCGAAUACCGCCUGCUGGUGAUGAGGUUCUUUCUCAGGUAAUGACUGCCGUGGGCAUCUUCGCAGAGAAGACGUCCGGUGAAAACAUUGGCCCUCUCGUGCAUCUCUUGCUUCGAGGAUUGCAGCAGGCAGGCACAUCGGCAUCAGCCUCGAUGGCCCUAAAGGAUUUGGCUCGAACACACGGAGAUCGGCUAGCACCAGCGGCCAACGACAUUCUUCAAGCCAUAGCAGUUGUGCUUCAUCCUCAAAGUCCUCUUCCUUUGAAGCAUAGGGAUCGUGUGCGUUUAGUGGCGAUUGUAGGCCACGUAGUAUCAGCGUUGAGUUCAACAGAACAGGCCCUCACUAGUUUGUCUGCUUUGAUGGCACCUUUCGUACAGCAACUCAACGAAAUUACAAAUUUUCCUGGGGUGACUGCAACAUUCCGGGAGGCUACAAAGGAGAAUUUAGACCUUUUGCAAUCGAUGUUCGCGUCAUUAACUUUUUGCCAGGAAGGGGAUGCUGCCCAACAAAGCUCACGACCAGGACAGGUCCUUGUAGAGCAACUCAUGCCGCUAUUUAAACUGAUUGCCGCCAAAUACUCCUGCGAUGCGGAGGUUGUGUCCAAUUUGGCAGAGUGCAUCCGCAAAGCAGUUCCGGUGCUGGAAUUAGAGCCGCAUUGCGUCGUUCUUUCAGAAUUACUUUCAAUGUGUGGAGCUUUACUUAUGCAUCACCCCAACGCUUCCGUACUCGGCGCUGCAACCUCCGUACUCGCCCAUACAAAGGCGAAUCAGACUAGCCCGAUGUGCGCCCAAUUCAAGUCAAUCUGUGAUAUUUGCUUCGCUUAUUUUAGUCAAGAUUUGCACGGCUGUACGGAUGCGGUCGAGUCAUUCUACAAACUACACGCAGUUCUCUUUAAAAAAAGGCUUCGAUACUACGAUCAGAACGUUUUCUCACUCGAUGAUCUCAUCCAACUGUGCAAAUACGCUACGUUGGCGACCACUCUUCCUGAACAGUUUACUUAUCGGGCAGCGAUUUCGUUCCUGACUCAAUUCGUGAAUGCAUCGGAACGAAGCCCAUUUGUAAAGGAAGCGCUCGAACUAUGCUCCGAGAAUAUCAUCGCCCAACUGGUUCAGAACAUACGUGGCGGGGUAUCACGGAACUUCAUCGAGGCCGAGGCCGACGUAUUUCUCGCCUUGAACAAAACUGCUUUGCCUUUGCUGACGGCAGCGCUUCAGCGUUUCGUCAGCGCGCCCAUCGACGAACCAAGCCCCGAGAGUAGACAGAACUUCGCACGGCAGAUACUAAGGGAGCGUUCAAACAAGCGUAUGCUCUGUAAAGUUAUCAUUGACUUUACCCUUGAGUGGCGGAACCUUUCCGGCGAGUACGGACGAGCAACGACGAAUCUGCAUUUAUAGACCAACCUGAUUCUGGAUAAGAUAGCGAUCGAUACGCAACCAUCCGAAUAAGUGUUUGCCAAGUGUUUUGUAUGUAAACACACGCGCCGUUGUUGUUUGUUUCAGGGUAGAAAAAUGUAGCCAAGUGUAUUUAGUGUAGUAGGCAAUAUACGGAGUGGGCUAUUUCGUUCGAGUUCAAACCCAUAACAUGUAUAGAUCUACAAAAUAGUGUUUGUUUCUUAAUUGAAUAAUAUCAGACUGUACAGUCACAGGACUAACAUGUACCUGAAAUUGGGUUAGUUGACUUAUAUUCCAUAGUAGUAUGCAAGUGCAUGGGGCCACCGACAGCAGUUGUUUUGCUAUGUUGAAGGAAUUUAGUAUGUAUAAGACUUGUGGAUACAAAAAAUUCUCUAGUAAAGAAGAUUUCAGGAAAAGAGGCAAAGUGGGUAUAAAAAAGAUAUAAUGGGCCUCGACGACCGGUUAAACCUCUCAGAUGUCGAUUUAUUCAAAUAAAACAUUGUCAUAUAUAUCUUUCAGUUGAUCCCUUCCACCCCAGGCUGCUUAUACCAUGCGAGCCAUACGUCCGGUUAAUGUUUAAUAAAUUGCAUUAUAUAUAUAUAUAUAUAUAUAUAUACCUUAAUCCCAUCCACUAGAGAAAAUUGAUUUUAUAAAUGACUAAUGUCAGUGGAUACUUUCUAUUAUCGAAUAUGGCAAUGAGUUUGUCAGGACAAGCCUGAGUCACAUGAUUAUAAUUAUCGGUACACCCAAGUAACGUCAACUAAUUCAUAACUAAGCUGACAUGUGUGCGUGCUCGCUCGCUGUAAAGUAGCUGCGAGACUAUUUACCCCUCAUCGAAACGGACGUCGCAAUUGAGUUGGAGGUGAUUAGUACAGACUUCCGAGAAAGAACCGAUUUCUUUAAAGGCCCAAUAGUUCGUUGCGGGAAGCUUACUUAUUUGCUAUACGCGCGAAUGUUCUUGCAGUGAUAAUAAUAGAAACGUGACGACGGUUCGUUCGAAAGCAUCGUAUAUUACAUCUUUUUAGUGCGUAUUGAGCUAGGUUUUUUCCUUUCAAAAAGGACGACAUUUUACGGGCAUUGACAACUUUUGUAUAGACUGCAGAGAUAGAUACAUUUGAGGGUGAUCGAAGUUAGAUUCAGUAUCUUACUGAGGGGAAUAUGGAUUGUCAGUUGUUGUUUGUAAAGAUCUUCAUGGAAAUUGGAUAGACUAUGCUAUAUGACACUAUAUGAUCUGCGUUCACUUAAUGUUUUUAUACGUUGUUUGUUUUUUUUGAUAGAAAGUUAUCAUUGCUUUCCACUGGUGAUCGGUUCCGAACACACUGCUUCAUAAAAUCGAGAAGCGCAACAAAUCGCUGUUUCUUUUACAAUCUGUACAUUUAAUGAUCCUCUGUAAAUAAAAUGAGAAACCGU